AUGAUCCAAAAAGCUGCUUGCCCACCCGUGGCCAAGGUCGAGUCACCUCCUCAAGGCACUUGCAAUCCUAAAACUCAAACUGGCUGUGACCGCUCACUCAACGAAUACUGCGUGGAAAAGGGUGGACGGACCCAAUGCGUGUGUCCGGCUGGUUUCUCUCGCCAUCCUAUGACAAGAGUAUGUGGUGGAUCGUUGUGUAAUCCACAGCUGAUAACUUCAUGCGUGUAUCCGGAAGAAUGCCUGGUUACUCCAUAUAUGAACUUCCGAUGUGCUUGUCCUGAUGGAUAUUCCAGGGAUCAUAGGACGGGAUUUUGUGUAUCCGUAAAAGAAGUUCACAUCUUCCAACAACAAGAUGCUGAUUGUCAUAAUGGUGGUCAAAAAUGUGGACAAAAUGAAUAUUGUGCAAGCGAUAGGUCCGGACAUUGGUUCUGCGAAUGCAAGUCUGGCUUCGAGCGCAGUCCUUCCACAGGGCAAUGCAGUUAUCCAGUGAAGAACGAAUGCCUCACCGGAGAGAAUGACUGUGAUCGCUCGGCUCGCUGUAUCGAUACCGAUGAUGGCUAUUUGUGUGCUUGUCCCUCAGGAUUCAUCGAUAGAUCUCCUGAUCCGGUAACGAAACCAGGAAGACUUUGUGUGGCAGAGCAAAAUGAAUGCCUUGAUGGAACUCAUAAGUGA